GGUUUAUUUCUUCAUAAAAUAUUAUCAAGAAAAUGACAUAAGCCGGGCAGUGGUGGCGCAUGCCUUUAACCCCAGCACUCAGGAGGAAGAGGCAGGUGGAUCUCUGUGAGUUUGAGGCCAGCCUGGUCUUCAGAGUGAGUUCCAGGACAGCCAAGGCUACACAGAGAAACCCUGUCUUGAAAAAUCAAAAGUUAAUGAUAUAAAAUGUUUUUAAAUGUUUUCUUGUUCUGGGUUUUUUCCCCCCAAGACAGGGUUUCAUCUAACCCUGUGAAAUAUGUGUCAAAAGGUCUCUAGAAGGAUGCUUACCAAAGAAGACAGCCAGUGCUAGUGAAUUAUGAUUUUAGGGGAUUCUGCUAUCUCCCAAAUACCACAAAGUGUUGUACUGUAUGAAAAACAGUACUUGUCUUAUAAUUUAUAAGAUGAGUAAAAUUUAAAAAUAAAGAUGUACUUUAGAUGUGAAAAGCACAUCUACUUAAAAAUAUUCUAAACGUGAAAUAUGCUCUUUAUAUCACAAAACUAUCAAUACAAACUCAUAAUUAAAGAACUUAAAAAAAUAAAAAAGAGAACAACAAAACCCCUCAAACCAAAACCCCAACACUCUGCAAUCUGAACUGGAAAGAAACUGCCUGAAUUCAAGACAAGAUGUCAGAGAUGACUGGUACACAAGAACAUAUGGCCAUCAAUGAGGCAAGCUCAAAUGCGACCAUGGCAAACAUGUCCUCUUGAACAAACUUCAGAGAGCUCCUCCCAGCAUUCCUUUUUUCAGUUUUCAUCUCAGCGCCCCUCACCACCUUCCAGAUCAGGUUGCAGAAAAUCAGUCAUGCCCUUCCCUUGACAUGGGUCACCCUGGCUGUCAUUAGCAGGACUCCUAUUAAGUUGUUUUAGUAAAACUCCCCUAUCCUUCGUUUCUUUUUCUGGAACUUGCCUUUGUGAGACUGAAAGUGAACGUGACCCUGAACUAAGCCUCUUCCCCUGAAACAGUACUUAAUGACGUCUUUCUUUCCAUUUUUCACUAGUAUUCAGUUGUUUCUUCUGAACAUUACCAAUUUAUAGAACAUACAUUGAACUACACCAGAAGAAUGAACUUAACAAAUCUGAAUGCAGAAAUUCCUAAUGCCUAAGGUUAACUGCAUGGGAACAUAGAUUAAAGAAUACCCACGUAGAUGCCAAUCUUGUCUAUAUAUUGUAACAUCCAGGUAAUUUGAGUUUUGACUCAUCUGGUUAAAAAUUCAAUUAUUUUAUUUUUUUUGUUUUUUUGUUUUUUCAAGACAGGGUUUCGCUGUAUAGCUUUGGAACCUAUCCUGAAAUUUGUUUUGUAGACCAGGCUGGCCUCAAACUCACAGAGAUCCACCUGCCUCUGCUCCUGAGUGCUGAGAUUAAAGGCAUGCGCCACCACUGCCUGGUCCAAACUUCAAUUACUUUAGACCACUCGAAAUUUGACAAUAACAGGACAUUAGAUGAUAUUAGAAGCACUUCUGCCUAUGCUUGCUUUGUACAUUUUUUUUUUUUUUUUAGCGCUCUACCACUGAGCUAAAUUCCCAACCCCCAUUAUUUUCUCAUGAUCACCGGUGGCGAACAAGAUGCCGAUGGCUGUGGGUCCCUACGGGCAGUCCCAGCCCAGCUGCUUCGCCCGUGUGAAGAUGGCCUUUGUCAUGGGUUGUGCCCUGGGCAUGGCGGCUGGGGCACUGUUCGGCACCUUCUCCUGUCUCAGGAUCAGAAUGAGGUGUCGAGAGCUGAUGGAUGGCAUUGGGAAAACCAUGAUGCAGAGUGGCGGCACCUUUGGUACAUUCAUAGCCAUUGGAAUGGGCAUAUGAUGCUGAUCAGGGCAGUGACUGCCUGCAUCUAUAUUUUCCCAUCCAUUUUGACCCUUGUACAAUAAUAAAGUUUUUCUUCUCAGGAAAAAAAAAUUAUCUUUUGUAGUCACACAAUACUUACGUAAGAAGCAAAUGUCUGAGAUGACAUCAAAUAAAAGAGUAAGAUGAAAGCAGACUGAAGUGGAAGAAUGAAUUAUGAUGAAAUAAGACUGGCUUGAAAUUAAGGUCACUAAUGAAGUUAGGAUUUCCACUUAUUAUUCUGUCUUAUUAUUUAUAAUAAUGUAUUAUUUCCAUUUAGUAUUCUGUAACUCUGUUUGCUUUAGUGUGUCUGGAAUUUUCCAUAUUAAAUAAAUGAUAGGAAUAAAGACUGAAUGGAGUAAAAUAUAUAUGACAUAAAAAUCCAUUAAGUUUUUAUGCUCGAUUUUAAAGGCAGAGAAAUGAUCUUUUCUAAAAACCAUUGGCCGUUAUCAAAUACUAUUAAUCUGCAAAUUAGUAAACAAUCAAUUGUUUAUCAAAUGUCAAAUAGUUGUUAUGCUGAAGUUCUUCACUGAAAACCCCUUCAUCUAAAUAUAUGGAAGUUAUAUAAAAGAAUUAGAAAAUCAGUAUUUUGUAUACCUUGAUGAAGUAACAGUCACUAAACCACUGGUUUACAGGUUUCUGAAGAGCCUUAGGAGUAAAUUAAACAAAUUGCUGAACUUACUAGUCUUAGUGUGACAAAAAGAAGGGGAAACCAGAUCCUCUACGAUUUCUAAGCCAAUGAGAAUGACCAGCUAAUUUAAAAAUCUUUAAUCACCAGUCUAUAGAAAAACUGAGGCAGAGAAACAAGGGACAGGUCAAAUCCAGAGUAUGGAAAUUCCACAGGAUUUAAAAUGCCCCAGCUUCUUCAAUAAGUAACGUAUAUCAAAGGGGGCAGGGAGAGAAGACUAGGAAAACUAUCACAAAUUAAAACUUAUGGUCCUUAUUUAAUUCUAUGUUUGAACAAGCCAACUAUAAAUGGAAAAAAACGUAACAAUAAAACAAUUAUAGAAAAAAGACAUUGCUGAGACACUAUGAAUAUUAAAUGACAUUAAAAGAUUGUCAACUUUGUGAGAUAUUGUGGUGAUAUAUUGUGCACCCCAAUAAAACUUAUCUGGGUCAGAGGACAGAGCUAGCCACUAGAUUAGACAUAGAGGCCAGACAGUGGUGGCACAUACCCUUAAUCCUAUCACUUGGGAGGCAGAGAUACAUCUGGAUCUCUGAGUUCAAGGCCACACUGGAAACAGAGUCAGGCAGUGGUGGCACAGGCCUUUAAUCCCAGCACUUGAGAUCUCAUGCCUUUGUCUGGAAAGUACACACGUCUUUAACCCCAGGAAAAGGCUGGGUGGAGAACAGUAUAUAAAGCAUGAAGAGACAGGAACUAAGCAGCUGUUCAACUGAGACCCUCAGGGGUGAGGACUCAAGAGGCUUUCAGUCUGAGGAUUUGUGGAAACAGGAUCGGCUGAGGAGUCGGCCAGGUGAGGUUGGCUGUGGCUUGUUCUGUUUCUCUGAUCUUCCUGCUUUCACCCCAAUAUCUGGCUCCGGGUUUUUGUUUUUGUUUUUUUUUAAAAUUAAUAAGAUCUUUUAAGAUUUGUGUUACAAGAUAUGCUUAAAAAAAAAAAAGACAAAAGCCACGCAUUAAGAGUCACUAUUACAGAAACCUCAACUGAAAGGACAGACAGGCAGCUGGAGAGUUACAAGAAAAUAUCCCGGCUGUUAGAAAGGGAAGAGGGUUGCCAGGCAGUGGUGGCCACGUCUUUAAUCCCAGCACUCGGGAGGCAGAGGCAGGCAGAUCUUUGUGAGUUCAAGGCCAGCCUGGUCUACAGAGCGAGAUCCAGGAAAGGCGCAAAGCUACCCAGAGAAACCCUGUCUCGAAAAAACAAAAAAAUUAAAAUUAAAAAAAAAAAAUGUAGAAAGGGAAGAGGUUCUGCUGGUGACCGACCACCAAACAGAAUUGGUGACAUUACUGAGGUUGUGGUGAUUGCUGCAUCAUGCUAUUUUCUUUUUUUUUUGGUUUUUCGAGACAGGGUUUCUCUGUGUAGCUUUGCGCCUUUCCUGGUACUCGCUUUGGAGACCAGGCUGGCCUCGAACUCACAGAGAUCCGCCUGCCUCUGCCUCCCGAGUGCUGGGAUUAAAGGCGUGCGCCACCACCGCCCGGCGCUAUUUUCUUUUUAUAUCAACUUCAAACUUGACACAACAAAAACUAAAAGAAGCCAGCCAACCAAUUUCAAAUGUGUUGAAAUGCAGACUCACACAGACGGUACAUAGCCUUGGUAGGUGAACAAUCUGCCAGUGAGCUAGUCGUCUGUGCUAUGGAGACCUUUAGCCAUUUGGUUUAGUGUCUUACCUGGCUUUCCAGAGCACACUAUGUGUUCUGAAAUGAAAACUUGUCAUUCUGGAAGGACAGAUUCUUUUGGAACGGAAAUUACCUUAGGUGUUGUAGGACAUUUAGCAUCACUGGCCCACAGGGUCAGGUGCUUACCAUUUAUUUUCCCUCCCAGUCACUGUGACAAAAGGAGAAAAUUCCCUCCAUAUCCCUGGAACAGUAAAAAUAACCACUCUAAGGUAAUCCUAAAGAAGGAACUGAGAUUCUCGGAACACUAACUGAGAAUGAAUCACUUCAUUAGGCCAGACACUACUUAUUUACACUUAAAUUUGAAACACAGCAAGGCCAAGAAAAAUAGUAGUAAACAAUGACGUAGCUCCUGACAGAAGAACCUUGAAGUUUCAAAGUUUGUCUUGUUAAUGUGAUGUGAGAAUUGGGAACAAAGAAGGAAACUCAAGCA